UCUUAAACGUCGUAGCUAUUAGAAGAAUUGAGUGAAAAGCGCUCUACAGUGUCUCUGGUGUGUGCCGUCUCUGCGCUGCGGUGUGUGUUUGGGGUGAAGGUAACACACACAUCUCCUCCAGUCCUCGGCUGGGCUGUGUGGCUGAUGAAGAGAGAGCUGUGUUCUGAUUGGCUGAGCGCCGCUGACAUCACGCCAGCCAGAUGCUGAUUCGCUGCGGUCUCUGAGGCUCAGACAUGGGCUCCGGUGUUUAGGAGCAGACGAGGAGCGCUCGCUGCAGACCGAGACACAGAAGAGAAGAGAGGAGAAGAGAAGAGAGGAGAAGAGAAGAGAGGAGAAGAGAGGAGUGGAGGGGUGCUUUAGGGAGAGAGAGCCUCUGGUACUAUGGGAACUAACCCUCUGACCGAUGGAAAUAAUGACCGCUGUCAUGCGUCAGGCUCCUGAGGGACAUGAGUGUGUCGGCGGCCCGCGCUGCAUUGAUCGGGCUCCAGGGCCACUGAAGGGGACAUGGGCUCAUGCGACCACACGCUGCACAGAGCCACUGAAGCGACCAGGGUUCGGUCUUCAGCAGAACACCGGCUUCCAGGCUCCGGGUCGACGCUCCAGGUAGCUGUGUCUGAUGAGGAUGUCUGAUUCUGAGACUAUGAACGGCUCGAGCGCAGAUGAAGGCCAGCUCCACACGUCACAGAGCCAGCCGCACGAGGAGAACUGCAGCGCUGACCGGACUGAGGCGCAGCGGCAGACACCUGGACCAGGUGCUAAAAGACCCAAGUCGAACACAAAGGUAAAGUUAGUUCGGAGCCUGGCCAUUUGUGAAGAUCCCUGUCCUUCCACGAUUACCACACAACUGCCUCAGGAUCAGCAGGAUGGAGAUCAUAUUAAAGUCUCGCAGACGUUUGACAAAGAAGAAUUGCCUCUUGCUGCAGACGAGGAUGAUGCAGACAGAAGUGCCAACAAGAUGGAGAAAACACCACGCAAGAUGCUGUCCAGAGAUUCCAGUCAGGAAUACAAGGACUCCACGGGGAUCGACCUGCACGGGUUCCUGGUGAACACGCUGAAGAACAUUCCCAGGGACAGAGUGAUGCUGCUGCAGCUGGAGCAGGACAUCCUCGACUUCAUCAGUAAUAAUGAGAGUCAGAGGAGGAAGUUUCCGCCCAUGACCUCCUAUCACCGGAUGCUCCUGCACCGAGUCGCUGCUUACUUCGGCUUAGAACACAACGUGGACCAGACCGGCAAAUGUGUGAUCAUCAACAGAACCAGCAGUACACGGAUACCAGAUCAGAAGUUUUCAGAACACAUCAAAGACGUCAAGAUGGAUGAACUCCAGAAGCGCUUCAUCUUAAAAAGGGACAACUCCAGCACAGACAGAGACGACAGUGUGAUGCGCAUGAAGCUGAAGGAGGACAGGAGGAGCAAGUCCAUCGAGGAGCGAGAGGAGGAGUAUCAGAGAGCCAGAGAGAGGAUCUUCUCUGAUGGUUUAGACACCUUCCCGCUGGAUAAAAGGAUUCAGGAGGACGAGGUGUGUAACAGCAUCCAGCAGAGACGGCAGAUCUUCAGGCUGAAGGACAGUCGGUCAGGGAACAGCCUCCAGAGCAGCUCGGAGAACGAUGGUCAGUGUUCAGAGCCGCGGCCGUGGAGCAGCACUGAUUCAGACAGCUCUAACCUCAGCCUGAAGCCCAGCGUGACCAAAGCCAGCAGCUUCAGCAGCUUCAGCGGCGUCCCGGUCCUGAGCCGUGGAGACAGCUCCAGCAGCAGCAAGAGCACGGGACGCCUCUCCAACACCGGUUCGGACUCUUGUAGUAGUGUAGGAUCGUCCACAGGGUCGCUCUCUCGACCCCAGCCUCCUCCAGCUGCCGCGGCUCUAAGGCAGCCUCCGGCCUUCUCCUCUGUCAGCGCUAGCAGCCGUGUCUCCUAUGAGCCGCCAGCAUCCACGGCUAGCGCUAGCUACUAUCUGCUUCCGCUGGAAGCUGCAGGGAUACCGGCCGGAAGUCUCCUGGUCAACACACACACAGGUCAGCCGUUCCUGAACCCUGACGGCAGUGCUGUCGUCUACAGUCCCAGCGUGACCUCACAGGCCUCCAGGUGUCAAUCAUCUGUAGCUCCGCCUCCAGCCGCUCAGCACACCAAUCACGUCAUGGCUCAGCCUCUCUGGUCUGUCCAGCCACCGCCACAGUCUUACCCACCGGUCCAGCCCUUCACUCUGCAGGACAGUCUGAGCGCUCAGUUCGGUCACAUGAUGCUGGUCCAGCAGGCCUCGGGUGACGGCCGUGACGCUCAUGCUGUCGUUUAUCCACCUCCGCAUCAGACGGGAUACGUGAUGUCCUCGCCAGCCGUGUCCACCGUCAGCCAGCAGCAGCAGCAGCAGCAGAUGCCGGCGUGUUACUGUUCACCCGGACAGUUCCCGGUGUCUGGACAGCAGUAUCGGCCCGUGGGUUCAGUGGUGUACAGCGGUCAGAGUCAGAUGCCUCCUGCAGCCACGCAGCCGCCAGGGUACCAGACUGUGAUGCCAAGCCAGCAGCAGAGCCACCAGAACAUGAUCCAGACCCAGACCCAGCACAGCAGUGUGGGGCAUCAGCUGCAAGGCAUGAUGGUCCAGUAUCCUCCAGCGCCAGCUUAUCAGGCGUCUGUGCCUCAGCAGACGUAUCAGCAGCCCGUCCAGGUGUAUUACAGCAUCCUUCCUCCCAACCAGCAGAACACCGGCAGCUCCUCCGUGGGGCUCCUGUCUCCUCCAGGAGCGCAGCAGAUGUCCUACCACCGCACCUCGCCCCCCUCCGGCUCGCAACACUGCUCAGGAGCUCCGCCCCCGGCCGCAGGCUCCAUGGUGAUGAUGCACCUGGCGUUACCUCCGUCUCAUCCAGCGCUGCAGUGGAAACACAACAGAUGCUACAGCUCCAGUCACUCUCGCUCACAGAAGCCCAGCGAUGUCUGCGGUCUGGAGCCGUCACCAAGCAGUCCUCAGCUGGGAAGCUCGUCCUCACCGACUCAGUCUCACACACAGACACACCUCAGCAACGUAAUGAACAUCCGUCCCAGUCUCAACACUGUUCCCAUCAUGCCUCACUUCUCCAGAUCCUUGGUGUCAGCACAAGGUGACCUGCGCUGCCCUCUGCUGGGACACACGCUUCAGAUCCACCCCCCCUUACUUCAAGCCCCGCCCAUGGUGUCCAGUCAGGCUCCGACGGGGGUCCGGCCCGUGGGUCGAGGCAGGAGGACUCCGAGGAGAGCGCUGUCUUCAGAUCUCAGUUGACACCCGUCCAGUCACACACUCUCCUGACCCGCGGCAGAACCACUGACCGAUGACUGGAUCAUCUCAACAUACAGCCAGAACUGUGCUCUUCUUGAUUUCUGAAUCUCUGUUUAUUGGUUCGUUAGUUUUUUAUUUGAAUGAUCUGGUGUUCAACACUUUCUCCGGUGGGUCUCACGUGUGUAUUGGGUCUCGUUCUCCUCCGUGUGACGGUCGAAGCAACACACACAAACACGCUUCUCUGUCUCACGACAAACACAACCUGCUUUUUGUGAAUAAUUUAUAAUUCAGUGGAUUCUGUUUCCUCAGUGAACUGUGGGAAUAGCGACAGCAUUUGGUUGUUUUUGUUAAUGUCUUUGUCUCAUGUUUUUAAUACGUUCACUCACAUCAAGUCAGUUCUUGUUUUUUGGGGGUCUUCUAAUAUUAUAUUCCUACUGGGAAAAAUAAAAAGAGAAAAAACGAUAAAAAGAACAGUUUGCACAUUUAUACAAACUCAUAUAUAUAUAAUAUAAAUCUAUUUUUUCUUUUAGAGAUGUGUGUGCAGGUCUGAAAGGCUGUUCAGUGUUUACUGGUGCAAAUCCAUUUUUAUUUCAGUUUGAGAACCAAUAAAUGUUUACACCAAAUGAUCUGCUUUAUGAAGCAGUGACGUCCUUCAGCUUCCUCAUGUGUGAAUGCGUCCGGUCUCUGUCAUCCAUCACGCU